CUCCUUUUGUGCAUACGUCACUGCAAUGGAGGGGCGUUGCUCAUUGAGACAACACACUGUUUUAUCAAGCUGAAUACAAAGUUUGCAAGCUAUGCCUGUGCUUACAGAAGAACUAGCAAAAUAUAAGGCACACAGGUGGCAGUUAUCCUGUGUAGCCUUCAAUCACAAUGGCACUCAGCUAGCCAGUGGUGGUUGGGACAAAGAGGUACACAUCUGGGAUGCUAGCAAUUUGGAGCUGAUACACAGCCUCAAGGGAGCACAUAAAGUGCCCAUUACAAGCCUCUGUUGGCACAUGCCCAGUAAAGGUCGACUCAUUUGCACUGGCUCUGCCGAUAACACUGCAGUCCUCUGGCAUGCAGAGACUGGCCAGCGACUGGGCUGCCUUGCAGAGCAUUCAGGAUGGGUACUUGGUACUUGCUUUUCAAAGAGUGGGAGUUUCUUAGCUACUGCUUCCUGGGAUCACUUGGUUCGAAUAUGGGACCCUGCAACGGAAACGCUCAUCAACGAUCUCAGAGGGCACAAUAGUGGUGUCUGGUCAGUGGAUUUCCAUCCAAAAUCGUCUACUCUCUGCACUGCUAGCGAGGAUGGCACUGUCAAGGUUUGGGAUGCUAGGACCAAUCGAGUGGUGAGGACACUCUCUGGGGGGCAUAGUCAGGGGGUGUACUGUGCCAAAUGGUCACCAGAUGGAGCGAUGAUUGCUUCAGGUUCAGCAGAUACGAAGAUAUGCAUCUGGGAGCCCAGUACUGGAUAUGUGAUCAACACAAUAUACGGCCAUACUGAUACAGUCAAAGAUUUAGUCUUCAAUCCACAAACAGAAAAUGUGGCUCUUCCAAUCCUCGCCUCCGCAGGUGACUUUUCCAUUCACAUUUCUGACCCCAGGCCCACGCAAAAAGCUGAUCUUCUCUCCCUCUCACCACACCUUCCUGGAAAAGAAGUAGAAGCUGUAGACAUUUCCCCUGAUGGUUCGCUGCUUGUCUCAGGGGGACGAGAUGGUUAUCUUGCUCUAAUGACUCUGUUUGUACCAUCUUUAGCUCCUUACACAAGGCAAAAUACUGCUUCUAUUUUGCAAAGAAGUCACAAUGUUCGCAAUCGUUCAUACAUUUAUGAUGCUACAGCUGACGAUAUUUCUGAAGUCGAUUCUGAGAUCUUUGAAGACGAUAUGCAGGCCGAAAUGGAGGCAGAUGCUUUAGACAACAUUUUAGCUGACAGGUCAAGAGUAAACCGAAAUGUAUCAACAUUGUCUGCUGUUGCUAAAAUGAAGCGAAUGAGUCGUCUGGGAGAAAAAGAAGUGGACUUAGGUGAUCAUGCGACAGUUAAGAGGAAAGGACCAAGUGCUCGGGAAUCUAGAAGCAAGAGAGUUCAACAAAAGGCUGUUGAUAUUCCUACAAUGAUAGCUCACCUCACUGCUACAAAUCGUCGGUUUGGAGCCGAAGAAAGCAGCAGUGGUAGUGAAUCAGAAGAUGAAGAUACUCAAGAUGUCAAGGAGGACUUGCUAGUUAAAGUGUCUUCGAGAGUCUCCAAGUACAGUGGCUUCAAUCGAAAAGCCUCAGUCCAGGAAGCAAUCUAUAAGCCUCCCCCACCGCAGCUAGCUCUACUACCAGAUGGAGCUGUAGGUAAACUAAAACAUAGUCGUGGCGUAUUUGAAAGUACUGGACUUGAUGAAAUGAUCGAAGAAGAAAUCGAAGACCAACCAAAGUCGGAAUUGAACUUGGAAGAGAUGAAACAUGUUUCCAGUGAGAAUACCCUAACUGAUAAUAUUGCAGAUGAUGAAUACUAUGCAACUCUUCUCCCUGGGGAGCUCGAAAGCCCUACACAUAUUGUCAGAGAUGACUCGAUGAAUUUCGAUACAGAGUCGCUCAUGCAAUCCGGAAAGUAUUCGCUCAAUUCACCAGACUACAUUCUGAACUCCAGUCUACGCUUUGAAGACUUCAAAAACAAUCGUGAACUUGUGACAUCAUCGCCCGUCGAUAUGACAUCUCCUUCGCACGCAGGUCAGGGUAAGAAACUAUUUGCACCAACUCUAGACCCUGCUCUGGAAGAAGAUGGGGAAGAUUCUUUUGCAGACGAGUUAGGUAGUGGAGAUGAAUAUGGAGACAAUAUUCCUCUGAGCAUGAUUUAGUGCCUAUAGCUAUAAUAAUUAUUACAGUGCAUGUUUGCCUUUUAUUGUGUAAACUUUUUAAUUUACUAUAUCAUGUAGUUUCGUUCAUUUUUAUUUAGUGACAUUAUGUACCCGAAAAAAGACCCUACCACUAUAUAUAUAUAAAGACACCUUCAA